AUACCAUCGCAUUUUAGCCAAUAGAAACAUGGCAGCUUUGCCUAUAUGGAGGGCGUUCGGAAACGAAUGCUUUUUAUUUCAGUUUAGCUCCACAAACUAAACGUAAGUGCAAGAUGAGUGGAAGGGGGAAAACCGGAGGUAAAGCUAGGGCGAAGGCCAAGACUCGCUCUUCCCGCGCCGGGCUGCAGUUCCCUGUGGGCCGUGUUCACAGGCUUCUGCGCAAAGGCAACUAUGCCGAGCGCGUCGGCGCCGGCGCUCCAGUCUACUUGGCUGCCGUCCUGGAGUAUCUGACCGCUGAGAUCCUUGAGUUGGCGGGCAAUGCCGCUCGCGACAACAAGAAGACUCGUAUCAUCCCUCGUCACCUGCAGUUGGCCGUUCGUAACGACGAGGAGCUCAACAAACUGCUCGGUGGAGUGACCAUCGCUCAGGGUGGCGUGCUGCCCAACAUUCAGGCUGUACUGCUGCCCAAGAAAACAGAGAAGGCGGCCAAGACCAAAUAAAUUGGGUUCUUCUGUCAAAUUUAAAAAAAAAACAAAGGCUCUUUUAAGAGCCACCCACCAUAGCAACAAAAGUGCAGUUUUUUUCCUUAUGCUAAAAAGUAGAAAAAAACGACUUUCUAUUGAUCGUUAGUUCAAUUCAUUCUAUCGUGUGUAGGAUAGAAUGAAAUAAAAGCAUCACAGCUUCACCACGUCCCACGAUUGCGUACUGAAUACCGUUCACCUUCCCGCGCAUUCUUAUCUACUGUUAUGUACAUUACAUACGUUCCUGUCAGGUUUAUUACUAUAACAAGUUUAGGUUAUUUUCAUUCCGUACACACACACGUGCAAGUUAUACGAUUAUGAACUCACGCAUGAAAUAUAUCACAUUUUUGGCACAGUGCAAGCUUUAGAAGUGUGACUUAAAAGCUCUUAUUUUGCUCGAAUACAAGGCGAAUAAACCCACAUGAACGACUUUAUAACUACGCGAAAGAAGGUCAAAUAACAGGCGUGUAAUAA